AUGGAGAGAAGCAACAGAACAAGUCAAGAACGAAAGAAACAAGAAGCGAAACGAAAAAACGACACUUUGCCGUGGCGGGCCUCAGAUACUCUAGAACAUCAUUCAUCUACAUUCUAUAUCUUUUGUAACAUUGACUAUAUCGACAAUCCCAUCGAUCAAGAUCUGACUAUAUCUUCUCCUUUCAUCUGA